AUGGACACAUAUAUUGACGGUCGCUUUGAGCGACUUGAGAAAGCCCUCGCGAACUUAAUUGACUCAGUCACCAAGUUUCACCCUUCCAUACAACAAGGCGAUGAACUCAAUGUAGCGGACAAAGAGCUGAGCAAGGGCUUGGAAGAAGUACAAACACACCAGAACAAUUAUCUACGUAUACAGCAACUGCGCGAAUCCUCAGCUGCUCUGGAUGCCCAGAUUCGCGAAACACUCUCUAACCUCGCAACCACCCGAAAGGAUAUUGUGACAACGCACACCACGACUUUCCCAGCUGGUCCCAGCUAUCCCAUCGCUUACGAGGAGCUGCUCAACUAUGCUAGGCGGAUUAGCAAAACGACCAUGCCCCCUGCUGGGACCAUCAAACCUGUGCCAGCAACAGCGGCACCGCCUACGCCCGAAGGCCAGACACCCGGCGCUCAAACUCCUGGACCUGAUUCGCAAACAGCAUCCGUCAUGACACCAUCUGCGCCUCCAUCCUCCCAGGUUCAAAGUCCAGCAGUCAUGAAUGGGACACCACAUGUCUCACAAGAUCCAGCAACACAGCAGUCCACGUUAUCCGCCAAUACCAACCUUCCGAGCGAGUGGACCCAGUUCUUGAACCCUUUGACCGACCAAGUCUUCCUCCCAUGGCCAAACGAUCUUCAACUUGGCGCAGGCUCUCUGGCCGCUCACCAGGUUCUGCUUGAGCAGGGCAUCAAUCCCAAGGGCUACGAUCCUGCCGAGGAGGAAGAGCGCAAGCGUCGCGAGGAAGAAGAGAAAAAGAAGAAGGAAGAGGAGGAUCGCAUUGCCCAGGAAGAGCGCGAGAAGAAGAUUCGCGAAGAACGCGAGCGCCAGCGCAUCGAGAGGGAGCGCCAAAGAGAGAAAGACCAAGAGGCUUGGAGGCGUGCAAGCCUGGUCAAUGGCCCAGCUGCCCCUGGAGAGCAGAGGAGCCCUACUGGACCACCGCAACAAAAGGCGCAGUUCCAGUUCACUAAUUUGGACGAUUUGGACGAUGACGACGACGAUGAUUGA